AUGGAUGCUCUGAAAUCUGCCGGCAGAGCCAUCAUCAAGAGCCCCGGCGUCCCGCGGCACACCUGGGGAACUACCAAGCAUGAAAAGUUGCCAGAGAACUGGACUGACACCAAGGAGACGUUGCUGGAGGGGAUGGUGUUCAAUGUAAAAUACCUGGGUAUGACUCUGGUGGGCCAGCCUAAAGGAGAGGACAUGGCCUCAGCUGCCAUCCACAGAAUCGUUGCAACGGCCAGAGCCGGUGCCAAGAAGUUUCGGAAAGUAACGCUGACUGUGUCACCAAAAGGCAUUAUCAUCACAGAUACAGAGACUGCAGAUCUUAUAGAGAACGUCUCCAUAUACAGGUACAUCUCAACUCUGUGA